AAUUCUUCUGAUCGUCUCUCAGGUAUGAAUUGAUGAGUUAUUGUCACUGGGCUAUGCAAAGUUGAGUAGAUACAACCAUGGCAAUGCAGCCUGUGUCGACUCUCCUGAGGGAGAGAGAUGUAGAUGGAGGAGGGGAACCCCAUGCCAAGACCAGAGAUGACUGGAGGAAAGCUAAGGAGCUGGAGGAGGCUCGGAAGGCAGGGACAGCUCCUGCAGCUGUGGAUGAGGAGGGCAAGGACAUAAACCCUCACAUUCCUCAGUACAUUGCCUCUGCUCCUUGGUACUUUGGUUCCAGGGGUCCGACCUUGAAGCAUCAGAGAGUCCAACCAGAGACCCUCCCCAGUUACAGUGGCAUUACUGAAUGGUAUAAGCGAGGGGUGGAUGUUAACAAAAUAGCCACCAAGUACAGGAAAGGAGCCUGUGAGAACUGUGGUGCUCUAACACAUAAAAGAAAGGACUGUUUGGAGAGACCAAGAAAAAUUGGGGCCAAGUACUCAGGAGCCAUGAUAGCUCCAGAUGAACAUGUUCAGCCAAAUCUGAAUUUGGACUUUGAUGGGAAGCGAGAUAGAUGGAAUGGCUAUGAUCCUUCUGAGCACCAUCGUGUUAUUGAGGAGUAUGAGAAGAUAGAAGAAGCCAAGCGACAGUUGAAGGGUGAAAGGCUCAGAAAGGACAUGUUGGAGGGAAAGAUAACCAAGGUUUGCUUUCCUUCAUGUGAAAUUCUCACUCUUAGCAGUGAGGGUACGAUUGUGUUUGUUUUCUGUACUCAGGAUGACAUCGAUGAGGAAGAAGAUGAAGACAAGUAUGUGGAUGAUGUUGAUAUGCCUGGAACAAAGGUGGACAGCAAACAACGAAUCACAGUGAGAAACCUGCGCAUCCGUGAAGACACAGCCAAGUACUUGAGGAAUCUGGACCCCAACUCUGCCUACUACGACCCCAAAACACGUUCCAUGAGGGAUAAUCCUUACGUGAAUACAGGGAAGAAUGCUGAGGAGGCGGAUUAUUCUGGAGAGAACUUUGUGAGAUUCACUGGUGACACUCAGUCACAUGCCAAGGCCCAACUUUUUGCCUGGGAAGCAAGUAAUCGUGGGGUUGAUGUCCAUGUCCUUGCUGAACCAACAAAACUUGAACUUCUCAAAUCUGAGUAUGAAAAGAAGAAGGAUGAAUUCAAGACCAAAGUCAAACAGAGCAUUUUGGACCAGUAUGGAGGUGAAGAGCACCUGGAUGCACCACCAAAGUCCCUUCUUUUGGCUCAGAGUGAGGAUUACGUGGAAUAUUCCCGGCAUGGCAAAAUUGUCAAGGGUCAAGAGAAGGAAGUGAUUCGUUCUCAGUAUGAAGAGGAUGUUUUCAUCAACAAUCACACCACAGUCUGGGGCUCUUACUGGAAAGAUGGACAGUGGGGUUACAAGUGCUGCCACUCCUUUGUCAAAAAUUCAUAUUGCACUGGGUCCAAAGGUCGUGCCCUUGAAGGGUCAUCUGAAGUCCUUGCUUUGGGUUCUGUUGCUUCCUCAACACAUGGUAACACUGAUCCUAAGAAAGAAAAUACAAAGGGGAAGGAGGGUAAGAAGCAGGAGCAGAAGAAGAAAAAGAACAGGAAGAAGAAAGAUGACCAAGAGGACUCAAAUUCCGACACCAGUGAUUCUGAUACUAGUGAUAGCAGCAGCAGUGACAGUAGCAGCAGUGACUCAGAAGAUGAGGAGGCUAUCAAGAAAAAGAAACUUGAGCAGGCCCUGAUUCGUGAAGAGAUGAUGCAGGCACAAGCUGACAAUCUUCUCUCCAUGGAGGAGAGAAAGAGACCAUAUAACAGCAUGUAUGAGGCAAAGGCUCCCACAGAGGAGGAGUUGGAAGCAUAUUUCAUGAAGAGGAAACGAGCUGAAGAUCCCAUGGCUGACUUUUGCAAGUGA